AUGACUGGCUCCAGCUCCAAGUCCAAGUCGCACAUUCUUGCGAGGAUGCAGGCCAAGGGCCCCUUCUCAGUGCCGAGCCCUGGCGCUGAGAAGGUGGACGGCGAGACGAUCCCCCGCCGACACCCCAAGGCCGUGCCUGAGCUUCUCACCAAGCCCGGCGGCAACGUCGACACCAUCUACGAGCUUGUCAAGCAGAGCGCCGCCAAGUUCGGCAAUGCCCGGUGUAUGGGGUCUCGCAAGCUCGUCGACACGCACAUCGACACCAAGAUGGUCAAGAAGAUUGUCGACGGCGAGGAGCGCGAGGUUGAGAAGAAGUGGACCUACUUCGAGCUCAGCCCUUACACCUACAUUUCGUACAACGAGUACGAGGCCCUCACCCUCCAGGUCGGCUCUGGUCUGCGGAAGCUCGGUCUCGUCAAGGGCGACCGCGUCCACCUCUUCGCUGCGACGAGCGCCCACUGGCUCGCCAUGUCCCAUGGCGCCGCCUCCCAGUCCCUGCCCAUCGUCACUGCGUACGACACGCUCGGCGAGGAGGGUCUGAGGUACUCCAUGAUGGCCACCCACGCGAAAGCCAUCUUCCUCGACCCCCACCUGCUCCCGACCCUGAACAAUGUCCUGCACGAGGCCAAGGAUGUUCAGCACAUUAUCUGGAACAGCCAGAACACGUUGAACGAGGGCCACGUGAGCCAGCUCAAGGCCGCGCACCCUCACGUCAACAUUGUGAGCUUUGAGGAGCUUCGCCAGCUCGGCGAGGACAACGUGGCUGAGCCUGUCCCCCCUACCACCGAGGACCUCUGCUGCAUCAUGUACACCUCCGGCUCCACCGGCACCCCCAAGGGUGUUCCCCUGCUCCACCGCCAGGUCUGCGCUGCCAUUGCCGGCGUUUCUGUGGUCGUAGGCCCUCACAUUGGGCCCGGCGACGGUCUCCUGACCUAUCUCCCUCUGGCGCAUAUUCUGGAGUACGUGUUCGAGAACGGUGCCCUCUACUGGGGUGCUGUGCUGGGUUACGGUAACCCCAAGACCCUGUCCGACAACUCUGUUCGCAACUGCUCGGGUGACAUCCGCGAGUUCAAGCCCUCUGUCAUGGUCGGCGUUCCCGCUGUCUGGGAGACGGUCAAGAAGGGCAUCAUCAACAAGGUCAACGCUGGAAGCCCGGUCGUCAAGUCUCUCUUCUGGAACUCUCUGUCCCUGAAGGCGAGCCUCCUUGCAUCCGGCCUUCCCGGCACCGGUGUUCUCGACUCGGUGGUCUUCAAGAAGCUCAAGGAGGCCACUGGCGGACGCCUGAAGCUCUGCAUGUCGGGUGGUGGCCCGAUCGCCAAGGAGACCCAGCACUUCAUCUCCAUGGCCAUUGCGCCCAUGAUUAUCGGGUAUGGUCUCACCGAGACCACGGCCAUGGGCUGCCUGAUGAACCCUCUCGAAUGGAACACCAACAACAUGGGCGCCAUGCCUGCGAGCAUUGAGAUCAAGCUCGUCGACUUUGCCGACGCGGGUUACUUUGCCACCAACAAGCCCAACCCCCAGGGCGAGGUCUGGAUCCGCGGCCCCCCGGUGCUCAAGGAGUACUAUGACAAUCCCAAGGAGACGGCCGAGGCCAUCACUCCGGACGGCUGGUUCAAGACGGGCGACAUUGGCGAGUUCGACAGCCAGGGCCACCUGAAGCUCAUCGACCGCAAGAAGAACCUGGUCAAGACGCUCAACGGCGAGUACAUUGCCCUCGAGAAGCUCGAGUCCAUCUACCGCGCCUCCUCGGUCGUCCAGAACAUUUGCGUCUACGCCGAGCCCACCAAGGCCAAGCCCAUCGCCAUCAUCGUGCCCGCCGAGCCCGCCCUGAUCCAGCUGGCCCAGUCCAUCGGUGUCCAGGGCAACUCGCUCGAGGAGCUCGUCGGCGACAAGAAGCUCAACGCGGCCGUCCUGCGCGAGCUGCAGAACGCCGGCCGUGCAGGCGGUCUGUCCGGCAUCGAGAUUGUCGAGGGCGUCGUCAUGUCCGACGAGGAGUGGACGCCCCAGAACGGUUAUACCACGGCCGCCCAGAAGCUCCAGCGCAAGAAGAUCCUCGACAAGUUCAAGUCCCAGGUCGCCCAGGCCUACGGCUCGACGAGCUAG